AUGGGGGGACCUGUCGUGUGGCCGAUGGGUUGCCCAAAAUCACGGGUUGGUGAGGGCCCCUUCAUCACCUCUGUUCCGGAGGAGAAAGCCACUAUUCCGCCCUUUCCUACAACUGAGGAAGGACCUUCCAUUCCGGCUCCGCACACAGGUAGGGAAAAAGUUCUUUUUCCAACUCCUCCAAGGUCAAUUGAAUUCAUUGACAUUUCAGGUGACACUUCACCCGAAGAGAUUCCCCUGCAGAGGCCUAGAAGAACCAGGCCAUCUCAAAAUAUUGAGGCCGAACAAAGAGUAGAGUCGGCCCCCGAUAUCGAAGCUCCAAUAGAUACCAGCCCACUGCCCGGUGGUGACCAAGCUGCAACAUUCGAGGCUCCUGCUUCUACCAAGGCCGCUGGGGCUGUUCCGGCUUCUCCUACUCCUGUACCGAGGUCCCAUAACCUAGACGACAUAUUCUCGGAUAUCCCACCUGCAAUCGGGGAAGCAACUGGGCUCGGACAUCUCCCUAUUUCUCGAGCCACGAGGGCAGCUAGCCGGGCCACCGAAACGGAUGCAAGAGAUAGUCUUACUGAUGCCAUGAAUAUGGCAGAGAGGCAUCGGCUGCUCAAAUCUCAGCAUGCUAAAGACAAGGAGAAGUUGAGGGUAGUCGAACAGAAAGCCAAGGCUCGAUCCCGGAUUAGUGACGAGCUCAAGAGCAAGCUCGAGAAGGCAGCCGAGGCUAAUGACGUGCUUCAGGCUGAACUUGAGUCGGCUAACCAAAUUCACAGAGUUCUUCUCGAAGAGAGAUCCAAACUAGCUAAAUUGGAAAAAGUCGAGGCUGACUUAGAAGAGUCUCUUAAGGACAUGGAGCCUGCCGAGGCUCGUACUACGAUUUUGGUCCAGUAUGAAUGGUGGAAAUCCCAGAGGGCUACCCUCGAACAGGCCCAAAAAGGAUUAGGGGACCUCCAGCUCGGAUAA